AGAGCCUUCUGCAAGAUGCUUCUGAUUCUGCUGUCAGUGGCCCUGCUGGCCUUCAGCUCAGCUCAGGACUUAGAUGAAGAUGUCAGCCAAGAAGACGUUCCCUUGGUAAUAUCAGAUGGAGGAGACUCUGAGCAGUUCAUAGAUGAGGAGCGUUAGGGACCACCUUUGGGAGGACAGCAAUCUCAACCCUCUGCUGGUGAUGGGAACCAGAAUGAUGGCCCUCAGCAGGGACCACCCCAACAAGGAGGCCAGCAGCAACAAGGUCCACCACCUCCUCAGGGAAAGCCACAAGGACCACCCCAACAGGGAGGCCAUCCCCCUCCUCCUCAAGGAAGGCCACAAGGACCACCCCAACAGGGAGGCCAUCCCCGUCCUCCUCGAGGAAGGCCACAAGGACCACCCCAACAGGGAGGCCAUCAGCAAGGUCCUCCCCCACCUCCUCCUGGAAAGCCCCAGGGACCACCUCCCCAAGGGGGCCGCCCACAAGGACCUCCACAGGGGCAGUCUCCUCAGUAAUCUAGGAUUCAAUGA